AUGUUUGGGGCUCCAUACGAUGAUUAUGGCAGUGAUUUGAAUGGGCCUCAUCACGAGAGCAUUGCUGAACUAUUACAAUCUGGAGUUGGCGGCACAACUUCAUUAAACGGUGAAGGCCACUCGACCUCUUCUAAUGCAUCCCAAGGCGGAAUCAGUCGGCGCCAUCACUUUGGUGGUUAUGGAUCCUCUACUGUAGCCGAUCAUAAUAGCAGCGCAAUGUCAUUAUCGCAUUUGGUGGCUUCCGACCAUCCCGCUCAUCACAGCCACCACACCCAUCAUGAUGUCGAUGUGACGCAACAACACCAACAUCAGGCAGAUUCGGAUCAUCAUAGCUAUUAUCAACACCAGCAACGUGACUGGCAACAACCGCAUCAGCAACAACCUCAGCAUAUGUAUGGUGGUAGCGGUGGUGCGGAAGUUCCAUCAGAAUAUGCAUACCAGGUUCCAUAUGGAGGUCCAUCAGACUAUGGUGCAUCAACUGAUGCCGACGUUUCAUCGUACCAUGCUCAUAUGCAUCAUCAGGCUGCUCAGCAAUCUCAACAAUCAUCGCACUAUGAACAGCAACAAUCCCAAACACAAUCAUCCUCUAAUAACAAUGUCGAUGGUAUAAUCGAGCCUGCUAUUGGACAGGCAAAGUUAGAAGGAGUUUCGGGAAGCGCUGGAGGAGCUGCACCAUACUUGGAGGGAUACAUGUAUCCACCAGCAUCCGGAACAACUGGACAAGCAUAUACAAGCGAUCCAGGAUACUAUGCAAGCAACACCUUACCGCAACCCCACAACCACUACUCGUCGGUGGUCGGACACGCAUAUUCUGGUAUGGCUGGUACACAAGACCACAUAAACAAUAAUACCAGCAACACCCACGACCACACCUCCGAAUGCGGAACACCAUCUCAUUCCGGACUAGACUCAUCCCGUAUCGACGCAUACAACCCAUCGUCAUCACAAACCCAUCUUCCAUACACAACCACAACAUCAUCCUCCACAGCUCCCAUAAUCCCACUAAGUAAACGUCGUCUACAUCGAUUAAAUACUGCUGCUGCAGCCGCAGCCAUCAUAACUACCGGAAUGGUAUCAUCACCUCAUAUAGACGAUGUUUCGCAACAGUCGCAUCAAGGGCAUCAUUAUUUGCCUGUUGCUCAUGAUGACUAUGGACAUUUACCUUUAGAUCAUCAUUCACAGCAUCAGCAGCAUCCACAGCAGCAUUGUGAAGAUGGAAGUGUUGUUGGUGGACAGACUGCUUAUCCUUAUAAUGGUACUGCUUAUCCUAUGCCUUCGUAUCAUGAUUAUUGGAAUUCCGUGCAUCCUGCUGGUGGUGAAGAAUAUCAAGGUGUUUAUGAUCAUGUGUUGUAUCGACCUGAUAUUUAUGGAUAUGAAAAGUCUUAUGCCAACGAAGUAGCCAACUACCAAGCCCAACUAAACGAAACAUACGAACGCUCAUUAGCUAUGACAGGACGCACCAAAGCAUCAACCGCAACCCCAAACAAGACUCGAAGAAAAAAGGACGGAAACCCAGACAAGCCAAGACUCAAGAAACGUAGUAAAGACGAUCGGGAAGACCCCGCCGAUCCAACAUACAACCCAGCCCACGCUGGAACCUCAUCAUCCAUUCGAUCCAUACACGCGAUCGUAGGCACACCCGAUUCAGGAACCGAAGGCACCGAGGGUGAAGGCAAACGCACCAAACGACAAAAACAUGUCGGAAAAGCCUGUGUGCAUUGUAAAAAGGCUCAUCUGGCGUGUGACGAUGCACGACCAUGUCGCCGAUGUGCGCAUAUGGGACGUCUCGACUGUGUGGAUGUUGAACAUAAACGACGAGGCAGGCCAAGGAAUUCUGGGACCAAGAACCGUGGUGAACGGGACACGAGCAGUGCAUCGGCUAUCAGUGCUGCAGCUGAACAGGCUGAAAAGAAUCACCAUAUACAUCAAGUUGCUCUGGCUUUAGGUGUUGUUGUGUCUUCGUCACAUCAGCAUGGAGGUGGUGCUGCUCUACCUGCGGAAAUGGAGUAUAUGACGCAUGACUCGCCGCUGCUGGAGAGGGAGGCUGAGCUACCGCCUGCUUCUGCUGCAUAA